AUGGGGCAAGUUGUAAGUUCUCACUCAACUUCCAUCAAGAAACAAGAAUCAAAACUUAGCCAAAACUCUGCUACCCUAAAUCAAAGGCAAAAGUGCACACUUCCUAGUGAUAUGUUUGCGAACCUAAAGAAUGAUGGUGACCAUAAAUGCCAUGCAAUUACUACUAGGGGUGGCAAGACAAUUGGGGAAGAAAAGUUGGCACAAGAUAAUUUGAUUGAUGAUGAUGAGGAAAUUGUUGAAGAGCCCUUGGUUAUUAAAGACAAAGUUACAUUAAAGAAGAAGCGGGCUAGUAUUGAAAAGCCCAUUGUUAUUGAAGAAAUGUUUGAAAAUGAUGAAGCUUCAAAAGGCAAGGAAGCGGUAGAGGAGGUACCAAGGGCUUUAACGCCCGUUCCAAAAUCUCCUCAUCCAUAUCCUCAAAGGCCUGCAAAGAAGGCGGGCGAUGGAAAAUUUAUAAAGUUCAUUGAAAAAUUGGAAAAACUCUCCAUCAACAUCCCGUUGGUGGAAGCCCUUGAAAAAAUGUCGAGUUAUGCUAAAUUUAUGAAAGAUCUUGUCACAAAGAGCAAGCAAACUAGCUUUGCAACGGGGGAUGUUACAUAUCAUUAUAGCUCCAUCGUUACAAAGGCUUUAGUACAAAAGAAAAAAGAAUCCAGAGCUUUUACUAUUCCAUGUACCAUUAGGGCGUAUAAAUUUUCCAAAGCUUUGUGUAACCUGGUGCAAGUAUCAAUUUAA